UUGGAUGGUCAGGUGUAAAAGGAGAACUUCCAGUUACAGGGCUUGAGUCCCCAUCCCUGGAGGYGUCCAAGGAAGGCCUGGAUGUGGCACUCGGAGCUCUGGGCUGGACAAGGUGGACMUUGGACUUGGACUUGAUGUUCUUGGAGAUCUUUUCCAGCCUCACUCUCUACAACUACGAUGCCAGGGGACCAGAUGAGCUUUCCUUGCAGAUCGGCGACACUGUGCACAUUCUGGAAACAUAUGAGGGCUGGUACAGGGGUUACACACUACGGAAGAAAUCCAAGAAGGGCAUAUUCCCUGCCUCCUAUAUCCAUCUUAAGGAAGCAAUCGUUGAAGGCAAGGGCCAACAUGAGACAGUGAUCCCCAAUGAGCUGCCCCUGAUCCAGGAGGUCACCACCACACUGAGGGAAUGGUCCAUCAUCUGGAGGCAGCUCUAUGUGCAGGACAACAGGGAGAUGUUCCGCAGCGUCCGGCACAUGAUUUACGACCUGAUUGAGUGGAGAUCCCAAAUCCUCUCUGGGACCCUGCCCCAAGAUGAGCUCAAAGAGCUGAAAAAGAAAGUGACUGCCAAAAUCGAUUAUGGCAACAGAAUUCUGGAUUUGGACCUGGUGGUUCGAGAUGAAGAUGGCAACAUUUUGGACCCRGAGCAGACCAGCACCAUCAGCCUUUUCAGAGCACAUGAAAUMGCUUCCAAGCAAGUUGAGGAGAGGCUACAGGAGGAAAAGUCUCAGAAGCAGAAUAUUGAUAUCAACAGACAAGCCAAGUUUGCAGCCACUCCUUCGUUUGCUUUAUUUGUGAAUUUAAAAAAYGUGGUGUGUAAAAUAGGAGAGGAUGCUGAGGUCCUGAUGUCUCUGUACGACCCCCUGGAAUCCAAAUUCAUCAGUGAGAACUACCUGGUGAGAUGGUCGAGCUGUGGCCUGCCCAAGGACAUUGACAGACUGCACAACCUGCGAGCUGUGUUCACUGACCUGGGYAGCAAAGACCUGAAGAGGGAGAAGAUCAGCUUUGUGUGCCAGAUCGUGCGAGUGGGCAGGAUGGAGCUGCGGGAUAACAACACGCGCAAGCUGACCUCGGGGCUGCGCAGACCCUUCGGGGUGGCAGUGAUGGACGUUACUGACAUCAUUAAUGGGAAGGUUGAUGAUGAGGACAAGCAGCACUUCAUCCCAUUCCAGCCGCUAGCGUUGGGUGACGCCAUUCGACACAAGCAGCUGAACAUAUCAUCCCGUUUUUCACCCAGGGUGGCAGGGGAGAAUGAUUUCCUGCAGACUGUUAUAAACAAAGUGAUUGCUGCCAAAGAAGUCAACCACAAGGGGCAGGGUCUGUGGGUGACUUUGAAACUUCUUCCAGGAGAUAUCCAUCAGAUUAGGAAAGAGUUUCCACACUUGGUGGACAGGUCAACAGCAGUGGCUCGGAAAAUGGGUUUCCCUGAGAUUAUCAUGCCUGGUGACGUUCGGAAUGACAUCUACGUCACCUUGGUGCAGGGAGAUUUUGACAAAGGCAGUAAAACCACGGCRAAAAACGUGGAAGUCACGGUGUCUGUUUAUGAUGAAGAUGGUAAAAGAUUGGAGAAUGUUAUUUUUCCUGGUGCUGGGGACGAAGCCAUCUCAGAGUACAAAUCAGUGAUCUAUUACCAAGUGAAGCAGCCUCGCUGGUUUGAGACUGUGAAGGUGGCAAUCCCCAUCGAGGAUGUGAACCGCAGCCACCUCAGGUUCACCUUCCGUCACAGAUCAUCCCAGGACUCUAAAGAUAAAUCUGAGAAGAUAUUUGCUCUGGCAUUUGUGAAGCUCAUGAGAUAYGAUGGGACAACUCUGAGAGAUGGAGAGCACGACCUUAUUGUUUACAAGGCAGAAGCCAAGAAGCUGGAAGAUGCCUCGACCUAUCUGAGUCUGCCCUCCACRAAAAUAGAACUGGAGGAGAAGGGUCACUCGGCCACGGGGAAGAGCAUGCAGAACCUGGGCAGCUGCACCAUCAGCAAGGAUUCCUUCCAGAUCUCCACUCUGGUGUGUUCCACCAAGCUGACCCAGAAUGUUGACCUCUUGGGACUGCUGAAGUGGAGAUCAAACACGAGCCUCUUGCACCAGAACUUGAAGCAGCUGAUGAAAGUUGAUGGUGGUGAAGUGGUCAAGUUUCUUCAAGAUACACUGGAUGCACUUUUUAACAUCAUGAUGGAGAAUUCAGAGAGUGAGACCUUUGACACUUUGGUGUUCGAUGCUUUGGUAUUUAUCAUUGGACUGAUUGCUGAUAGAAAAUUUCAACAUUUCAACCCUGUCYUGGAGACCUACAUCAAGAAACAUUUCAGUGCUACCUUGGCCUACACAAAACUGACCAAGGUUUUAAAAACCUACGUGGACAAYGCUGAGAAAUGUGGGAUCACUGAUCAACUCUUCAAAGCCAUGAAAGCCUUGGAAUACAUCUUCAAGUUCAUAGUUCGGUCCAGGAUAUUGUUCAACCAGCUGUAUGAGAACAAGGGAGAAGCAGACUUCAGGGAGUCUCUGCUGCAGCUCUUUAAGUCCAUCAAUGAGAUGAUGAGCAGCAACUCUGAYCAGACUGUCAUAGUGAAGGGGGCAGCACUUAAAUACUUGCCAGCCAUUGUCAAUGAUGUGAAAUUAGUGUUUGAUCCUAAGGAGCUCAGCAAGCUGUUCACAGAGUUCAUCCUCAACGUGCCCGUGAGCCGCCUGACCAUCCAGAAGCUCUACUGCCUGAUCGAGAUCGUGCACAGUGAUCUGUUCACCCAGCACGACUGCAGGGAAAUCUUGCUGCCAACAAUGACAGACCAGCUCAAGUAUCACUUGGAGAGACAGGAAGAUUUGGAGGCUUGCUGCCAGCUGCUGAGUAACAUCCUGGAAGUGCUGUACAAGAAAGAUGUGGGCCCCACGCAGCGCCACGUGCAGAUCAUCAUGGAGAACCUGCUGCGCACGGUCAACAGGACGGUGAUCUCCAUGGGACGAGACUCCGAGCUCAUUGGGAGUUUUGUGGCCUGCAUGACAGCCAUCCUGAGGCAAAUGGAAGAUUAUCACUAUGCCCAUUUAAUCAAGACUUUUGGCAAGAUGAGGUCGGAUGUCGUGGAUUUCCUGAUGGAAACAUUCAUCAUGUUCAAGAAUCUGAUYGGGAAGAACGUCUAUCCCUUCGACUGGGUGAUCAUGAACAUGAUGCAGAACAAAGUCUUCCUGCGAGCAAUUAAUCAGUAUGCAGAUAUGCUAAACAAAAAAUUCCUUGAUCAAGCCAACUUUGAGUUACAGCUCUGGAACAACUAUUUCCACCUGGCUGUUGCUUUUCUCACACAAGAAUCUUUGCAACUGGAGAAUUUUUCGAGCGCUAAAAGAGCAAAAAUCCUGAACAAGUAAGUCCUGCUCGUCACCCAAAUUGUGGCCAAGAA